AUGGCAGUAUGUCGAAACUAUCAACAUUUCUUGCCCUUGGGUAACCAGUUCGACCAUAGAACUAGUGUUGUGCUCGAUCUUCCCAAUUUGCUGCAUUUUAAGUAUGUGGAUUACUUGGCUGAAAAUUACUGCAUAAAGAAUAUGAACUCUCUUAAGGAAGCUCAUAUUGACAUUUCAUUGGACAUAGAUAAUUCAGAUUGGUCUACUUUCAGGGAUUCAGUUUUAGGACUCUUAAAUGGAAUCUCUUGUGCCAAGCGUCUGUACUUGUCCGUGCCUUGGUAUCAUGAUCUGUCAGAGUCGAAAUUACAUAGCCUGUAUGAAAAAUAUUUAAAAGGACACAGCACAUUCAAGUAUUUUGUGGAUCGAGUUCUGAUGCUUUGCAAGCGCACACACAUCAACAAAUUUCGCCUUAACUGUGUUCAGUCAUAUGAUUCUAAUCGUAUUAAAAGAUGGAUAGAGUUUGCAUUACUUAAAGGUGUUUCAGAGCUUGAUGUCUUCAACUCUCAGUUCAAUUCAAGUGUUACACAACAAAUUUUCGUGUGUGCAACAUUGGUGGUGCUGAAGUUACCUGGAAAAUUCGAAAUGAAAUUACCUGAAUCUUACUUUUUGCCAAAUCUGAAGUUCCUGCAACUUAAGUCUGGCUGUUUCCCGAAGAACUUCCCUUUGAACAGGCUGAUGUCUGUCUGUCCGAUGCUGGAAGAUUUGGUCCUUGGAGGCAGAUGGGGAGAUGAUGUCAAAGUUAUUAACAUUUCUUCUCCUACUUUGAUAAAUUUGACCAUGAAUUUUAUCACCACUAGUAAUUAUGACCGGCCUAGGACUGAUGUUUUGCUCGAUCUUCCCAAUCUGCUAUAUUUCAAUUAUGAGGAUAUCUUGGCCAUACAUUACAGCAUGAAUUUAAAUUCUCUUGUGGAUGCUCGUAUCAGAACAGCAUUGACGGGAAGAAGAUAUGAUCCUGAUGAUGAAUCUCCGCAGAAUUUCAGUGAUUCUAUGAUAGAAUUGUUAAAAGGAGUCUCUAGUGCCAAACAUCUAUACCUCUCUGGAGGUUUGCAGGCUCUAAGUUUUGGUGAAGAUAAGCUUCCGAGCUUCCAUCUUGGUGAAUAUAAGCGGUUUCCGAGCUUCAAUCACCUGUCCUGCUUAGACAUAGAUUUGAGUAGCCAAUGUGGUAUUUGGGAACACUUCCUGCUGGCUUUUCUGCACAGCUCUCCCAUGCUUGAGAAUCUUGUGAUUCCUGGGGGACUCCCAGCCAGCUCAUUUAUUUAUGUGUCGAAAUCGAAAUCAAAAUCGAGAUCGAAGAUAUGCUUCUGGGAUGGUUUGAAAACACCGCCUUCUUGUCUUUCCUCUCACCUUAAGACUAUUACCAUAGGUUCAUUUCAUGCCCAGGAGUAUGAAGAGCUGGGUGUAACAAAGUAUUUUCUCAAGUAUGGGAAAGUGCUGACAAAGCUGAUAUUAUACUGUAAAUUGAAAUCGGAAAAGGAGUAUACAGAGUUAAAGCAGCUGUUUAAGAUAGGAAGGUUAGCCUCCAAGAAAUGUUCACUUGAUUUGCUGAAUGAUGAUACAACAUAG